GGCCAGACUCUAGGAAAGGGAAUGGAUGGGGUGGGCCUGGGCGCUGUUGAGCCCAGAGGAGGGGAAGUAGGUUAGCUCUGGGCCCAAAGGGUUCCUGGCAGCUUAUUCUGGGUUAAGAGUUGGUCUUGAACCUCAGAAGGCAGGGGAACCACAUCCUGGUCUCACCCUCCCGCCUACCCACUCUAUCAUCAGGAGCCAUUUAAGCUCCACCCUCCCCCUCAAACACUUAGGCAAGCUGUCCGCAUGCUGCCCCCACCACCUAGUGACCCAGAUAUCGCCAUCAGCGACAUCCUCCCUCUUCAUGGCCCCACACACCUGAGGUCCUUGGCAAGUGAUAUCUGAGCCCUGUGUUCAUAGGAAGUCCUCCCCGCCAUCUGGUGACCAAAGGCCUGCUUACAAGUAGCGGGUCACUCCUCUCCCCAGACCUUACUGCUCAGGUCCCCCUCGCCAACUGGAACACCCUCUGACAUGGCCCGGAUACUGCUGCUCAUCUUUAUCUUGGUCCAUCCAGGAUUCUGUGCUCUCUGGGUGUCCCAGCCCGCUGAGAUUCAUACCCAGGAAGGCACUGCUGCCUUCUUGCCCUGCUCCUUCAAUGCCAGCCGAGGGAGACUGGCUAUUGGCUCUGUCGCAUGGUACCGGGACAAGGUGGCCCCAGGGAAGGAAGUGAAGAAUGGGACACCCGAGUUCAGGGGCCGCCUGGCCCCUCUUGCCUCUUCCCGAUUCCUCUGUGACCACCAGGCUGAGCUGCACAUCUGGAAUACCCAAGAGUGUGAUGCCGGGGUCUAUGUGUGCAAGGUGGAGGUGCUGGGCCUGGGUGUAGGAACAGGGAAUGGAACUCUACUGGUGGUGGAGAAAGGACCUUCUCAGCUAGGGGACAGCACAGUCCUCCUCCUCCGGGCUGGAUUCUAUGCCUUCAGCUUUCUCUCUGUGGCCGUAAGCAGCACCAUCUAUUACCAAGGCAAAUGUGAGCUAUGGAGCCAGGGCAAUGGCAGAAGAGAGCUGGAGGAGGGGGAGACAGAGAUCAAGAGGACAAGGAGGGCUACAGCACAGUGACUCCUGCCAUCUCUCCACCAGGCCACUGUCACCUGGAAACACAUUGCCACUCCUUGAAUGGCCUCUGAUGAGUGUGAUUUCAGACCUCAGUGAUCACAGCUCUCUUUAAGAGACUCCAAUAAAGCCCUCUCUGCCCAACCACUAAUUCCUUCUUAUGAAUCUCAUGUAUUUCUUCUUCCAUUCUCCAGAUGCCCCAAUAUGCCUCUCUUGGGGUCCCCUUACUCUUAACUCUCCCUUCUACAAAGUCUGGGCUAGAAUGGUCUGAGGAGGGAGCUUCUCAGUCAUCAAGCCUAGAGUCCCCUCCCACCACCAUCCUGGGGCUCAACACACCCUCCUCGCCCGAGCCCAGGAGGCUGAGUCUCAUUUUCCUGAGAAACAGGGAGUAUCAGAUCUGAUUAGCCCUGCUUGUCAA